AUGGCGGCGGCGGCUGUGCGCGGCGCCAACGCCAGGAAAGCGGGCGGCCUGAUCGGGCUGGUGAAGGACGCCUUCCAGCCGCACCACCAGCAGCACCAGGCGGGUGUGGUGGACAAGCGCGCGGUGGAGAAAUGCUGGAAACUCAUGGACAAGGUGGUGAGACUGUGCCAAAAUCCUAAGGUGGGGUUGAAGAACAGUCCCCCGUAUAUCCUGGAUCUACUGCCUGACACUUACCAGCACCUCCGUGUCAUCCUGUCUCGCUACGAGGGCAAAAUGGAGGUGCUGGGAGAGAACGAAUAUUUCAGGGUUUUUAUGGAGAAUCUGCUGAAGAAAACCAAGCAGAGCGUUAGUCUGUUUAAAGAAGGCAAGGAGAAGAUGUACGAGGAGACCUCUCAACCAAGGCGACAUCUGACCAAACUGUCGUUGAUCUUCAGCCACAUGCUGGCCGAGCUCAAAGCCAUUUUCCAAAACGGAAUUUUCCAGGGAGACACCUUCAGGAUCACCAAGGCGGACGCUGCAGAGUUCUGGCGCAAGUUCUUUGGAGAAAAGACGAUUGUUCACUGGAAGGUAUUUCGGCAAGCCUUGCAUGAUGUUCAUCCAAUCAGCUCAGGGCUGGAGGCCAUGGCACUGAAAUCUACCAUCGACCUGACGUGUAAUGACUUCAUCUCUGUCUUUGAGUUUGACAUCUUUACUCGACUCUUUCAGCCAUGGUCCUCGCUGCUCAGGAAUUGGAACUCGCUUGCUGUCACUCACCCCGGCUACAUGGCCUUCCUCACCUACGAUGAAGUCAAGGCAAGACUCCAGAAGUUCAUCCACAAACCCGGCAGCUAUAUCUUCCGCCUGAGCUGCACCCGGCUGGGCCAGUGGGCCAUCGGUUACGUCACUGCAGACGGCAACAUCCUGCAGACCAUCCCCCACAACAAGCCCCUCUUCCAGGCUCUGAUUGACGGGUUCCGCGAAGGAUUCUACUUGUUUCCUGACGGACGGAGUCAGAAUCCGGAUCUGACUGGCCUGUGUGAGCCCACACCACACGACCACAUCAAAGUGACCCAGGAACAGUACGAGUUGUACUGCGAGAUGGGCUCUACCUUCCAGCUCUGCAAAAUCUGUGCUGAAAAUGAUAAGGACGUGAAGAUCGAGCCGUGUGGUCACCUCAUGUGUACGUCCUGUCUGACAUCCUGGCAGGAAUCGGAGGGUCAAGGCUGCCCAUUUUGUCGCUGUGAGAUAAAGGGCACUGAGCCAAUCGUUGUGGACCCAUUUGACCCCAAGGACGGACCAGGCCACGGCCGUCUGGGGAUGGAGGCCAUGAUGUCACCCUUGUACGACGAUGAUGAAGAUGAACGAGGAGAAGACAUGCUGUUCAUGAUGAAUAAAUUGUCUGUUUCCAAGACUGAGCGGCCGGCAUCUCCAGUUUCCCCGUCUCCCAAUUCCGCCCUUCCUCCAGUUCCUCCACGCUUAGACCUCCUACAGUACCGACCUUCCACCAACUCCAGUGCUCCCAGUGCCCAGUGUGUCUCACCCAAGGCCUCCACCAGCGGUCUGCACAAACAGGACAAGCCUUUACCUCUUCCUCCUCCUCACCGCGACCUCCCGCCUCCCCCACCAGACCGUCACCUGGCCCCGGGCACUGAUUCCCGGGUGCAGAGGCGGCCAUUGCCCAGCACACCCAGCGACCUGCUGGCCAGAGACCGCCCGCCCCCGGCACCUCCCAACCGCGUGGGGGAAACCUGGCAAUCGCGACCCCUGGGGGCCAAACCCCCACUGCAGACCCUGACUGCAGGGGACCAAUGGGCGGGACGAGAGUUAUCAAACCGACACUCUCUGCCCCUGGCCCUCUCAGCCCAGAUGGACACCAGACCUGAGGCCGUUAGGCACAGCAGCUCUCUCGGGCUGGAAGUUACAACGGGUUACCCCAUGAGUGACAUCACAGAGUACGACCGCUCCAAGGUCAAGCCGUCCAUGUCAGCCAACGCCAUCUACUCGCUCGCUACACGGCCACUGCCAAAGCCUUUAAACACAGAGGAACGUUCAGAGAGCAGUGAUGAUGAAGAUACGGACUACAUGACUCCAUCCUCACUGCCAGUGCACGCCCCGCUCUGCGCUACGUCCUCCCUGGAUUCCAGACUCUCUGUACAGGCGCUAAGAACCUACAACUAUGGAAUGUUGUCGACAGAGCCGGACGCACUGGGACCACCAAGCGAGACAUUCACAGCCUCGUUUCAGACACUCAACGCUGACUCACAGCUGCCCACAAUAGAUAAUGGUGAUUGUAUCAGCUGUGACGGUGCCGAGCGGGAGGAAAGUGUUGAGGACGGAGCUUACGACUUCCCAAAAGCCCCAGUGCCGCUCCCGCCUGCUCGCAGAACACUGUCGGAUACUGCGGCGUUCCGAAGAAUAGCCGCUGAUCCUGAUCCCUCAAUUCCCACUGCAGAUUCCUCCGUGCCCGAAAGACCUCCCAAACCGUUACCUCGCCGGAUGAAUUCUGAGCGCAAGGCCACUCCCAGCUGCUUAAACAGCUGUAACGCUCAGCCUUCUCCCACUCUGACUGCAGAGAUUGAUUGCCUGCUGAGCCAGGGCUACUCCUAUCAGGACAUUCAGAAAGCUCUGCUCAUCGCACAGAACAACGUGGAAAUGGCCAAGAACAUUCUGCGGGAGUUUGUGUCCAUCCAGUCCUCUGCGCACAUUGCCACAUAGCCGUCCGUCUGCCCCUGUGAGACAGGACACUGGCUCGGGCAGCCUGACCCUCCUCGUGGGUAGGGUCUGGUGUGAGCUUUGGCUGGAGCGCCACUGAGCACCUCUAACCUGCUGCCUCAUUGACUUCAAUAACCAGGUCUGUGCAAUUACUGAAUUACUAAAGGACAACUGCUCCCUGCCUUGUGCCUGCUCCGGCUGUGGGUGUGUGUCGGGGGGGGGGAAGAAGGUGUUUAAAAGUUUUCCAGUAUGUGAACGAAUCGUUAAAACCUGUGACCUUGACCAAGGUGUGUCUUGAAGAGGAGAGUUAACAUACCCAGGAAUGCCAGGUUCAGUGUGUCUGAUGUCUGGCUCAUUCAACAGGGAUGUGUAGUGACCAGAUUAAUGGCCGUCUACCUAAAAUGGCAGCAAGGUUUUACAAAGGAUUGGUUUUCAGAUCUCCUAGUUUCAGACUCCAAUAACAUCACGCUGGGUCUGUUUACCCCACCUCCUUCCCCACCCCCACCCUGAGAUGCAGUGAAGGUUGGACCAAUAGAUCCUACCAGUAGCCCAGUGUGUAUUGGUCUGUCAUUCACAAGAAAACCAGUGGUCUAUUUUUCUAAAAAAAGGCAAAAUAAUUUGCACAAAGAAACCUGUAGUUAAGAGGUUGUAUUUAUACAGUAUGAGGUUGGGAGUGAGAGGUGGGUGGGUGUGUACAUAUUUGAGAGAAUUUUAACCUGAGGCCAGUGGUCCCAAAGUGAACCUAGUGAUAUCCUAACAUGUAGCUGAAUAGGUUUCCUAUCAAAUUGGAAUCAUUUGGAUGUUUCUCUUUGUCCAUGGGAUUAGCACGAGAUUUGAAUGUAAAUAUGGGAGAGAGGGAGAAGAGUCAGGUAGGUGAAUGUUCCUUUGCCUCAUAUCAGCAUUCACUGAGCAGGUGCUGCGUACCUUCCUCAGUCCAUCUCUGCCUCGGCCCGGCUCAGCUCAACCCCAUUGUCACUGGUUUGCCCGGAUAUGUUUGCGCUUCAAACAACACUUUCUCCAAACCUGCAGUUUAAGAAAGAAUCCAUUUGUGAAUUGUUCUGUCACAUGUGAGUGUUGCAAUUGCUCUGGUGCCUCUGCAGAGGCCUGCAAUCCUACCUGGCUUUAGCCUGCAGCAUCGUUUUGUCUUAAAAUUUGAAAUUGCGCAGAUGGAUUUAAGAAAUCUGCAGAAUUCAGCUCGAUUUUAAAUAUUAAGUCGCUUUGUGUUGAACUCCGCCACUGUUAGGCGCUCUGGGCCGCUAGCCUGUGUGAGAGGCGCGGUGUAAAAUGCAAGUCGUUGUUGAUGAUGGUCCCAGACGCUGGGGAGGAGGUGGCAUGAGAGGCUGCGAGUGUGCGGGCUGUACCAGGGGGCUGAUUCUACCUAGUCUGAGCAUUUUACAUACUACACAGGGAAACUCUGAUAACAUGUCAGCUCAGAGGAAAAUAGCUCAAAUGACUACUUAACAGAUUUGGCUAGCUUUCCAAAGUACAAUUUCUCCAAAGUACUCAAAUAGCUGGGAUAUUGAGGGAGUGAUUAGUUUAUGUGGGGUUAAUGACUUAUCCCAGGUGCCCGUUGUCAGAGUCCUCACUGUAAAAGGUUAAUUGAUCAAUUUGUGUGAGUUGGAUCAGGAGCUGUUCUGUUCCAUGCUCGGAGCAGCUGCUGUUUACCUGCAGUGAGGCAGGACAUUCCUUCCCCGUUGUGUGUGAGUUCCCUCUGGUCCUGCUGAAACACAGAGCUGCCCGGGACUCUCGUCACCAGCAGCUGGUUGUAGGCUGGUUGCAGUGUGUUGCGGCUCAGUCAGGUGAAGUCAUUUGGUUUGCGUUUGCUUAGUACAAAAAACUGACAUCCAGGCACGAACACACAACCGCCUGCAGCAGUGAAACAAAACAGCAAAUUUAAAUUGUAUCAAGGCGUCAAAAUAAAGUGUUUCCCUUUUCAUUACUUUACAGCCCCAAAAUAAUUGUGAUUUUUCACACCUGUUGAAAGGGUUGGCGCUCAAUGUGGACCUUCUUUGUGGCACAGGCUGAUUGAUCAUUAGUUGUAAUGUCCCACUGCACAUGUGGCACCUUCCCUCUCCCUCUCUUUGCUUGUGUCUGACUUUGCCCGUCAGUUGCUGGGAUCAGGUUCUUGGCUCAUCAUUGUUCUAAGAUCAUCCUUGCGAGUUGCCUUAGAAUGUCAGUAUCUGUCAGGAUUAUCGUGGUCCCUUGUCCCAUCGUUCUUGAUCGUGACCUGGUGUUGUGUAUUCAGCUGUAAUGUUGUGCCUGUGGGAAUGGGGAGGAAACUCUGUCUCUCAUAGUUGUACAGUUGAAAACUAGUGUGUCCUCUUGCCAACAGAGCAUGUGGGGAAAGAUGAAGUGAAUCCAAUUAUCAGUCAGUCAUACAUUAGAAAUUCACUUGAAU